AUGGCUUCUUCCCGUCUUCCCGAGUCCGUCAAUUCCGACACUUCCAGUUUGAUUCACAUUGAGUCGGAAGGCCUUGAGAGGUUGCUGGAAGCUCUGGACUCGCGACAUGUGAGUGGCUGGUAUCACCCCGCCAUGCGGCUGCAGGCUCAGCUCAAUACACUCUAUGGCAUCAAUGCUGCUCUUCGAGAACAACUGCACAUUUCAAGAGAAAAUGAGACUGAAAAAUUGGCCGAACUGCAGAGAGCUGUCACUCGCAUCGAGCUCAUGGAAAAGGAGUUGAUGAAUGCCAAGUUCAGAAUUGAAGAUGAUGGAAGGCAAGCGAAAAAUGAAGAAGGUGGCGACCAGGAGAUCAUGGCUUCUUCCCGUCUUCCCGAAUCCGACAAUUCCGACAGUAAUCAAGUUUCUUCUCCAAAAUCAACAAGCCUUCCUAAAGGGGCAAUAGAAUUCAUUGAUAAACUAAAAAGUCAUCGAGCACUCUCAAAGAAGGCUGAAGGACAGUUAGCUGAUGGGGAUCAAGAAGUAUUGAAACUGAUGGAAAAAGUGACUGGAAUGGAAGAGAUCAUGAACGAGACAAACGAGCGCUAUGACUCGGACAGAGAGAGUUGGCAAAAAGUCAGAGCUGGCCUUGAAAAGGAUUUGGAGAUUCAUUCAACAAAAGUUUCGUCGCUGAGUAAACAAUUGUCUGAAUUCAAAGAUCAGUGGGAGGCUAUCGAAAAAGGCCCUGAUGAAAUGCAGAGGAAAAUUGCUGAAAAUGCUAUGCGAUUGGGUGAUCUGACUGCUGAAAAUGAAACGUUGAGAAGAAAACUUGAGUCAAUACAAGACAUUGACAGCAGAAUGAAAGUUGAAUACACUAGUCUACAGGAACGCUUCAAUGAAUCAGAGUUCAAAAAUCGUGAGGUUACAGGACAGUUAAAAUGUGAAAAGGAAAUAUUACAAACUGAAUUGCAGCGAUGUCGUGCUUUGUUGAACGAUUCUGUUCUAUCAUCCGAAAUGGAAACUGUCAAAAAUGAAUUGAAUAUGCUUUCUGGUAAACAUCGAGGCCUCCUCAACAAAUUGACUAAUUUGGACACAACUGGAAAAAAUUUCGAGAAAAGACUUCAAGAGGAAGUGGUGUAUUGGCAAACGCGUUCUAAAGAAAUGGAGAAUGAGCUGCUUAUUCAAAAGCAAAAGGAUAUUGCUUCUCAGUAUAAAACUCAGCAGGAAACGGAGGACUUGGUGAAAGCACUGGCUGAGCUCAAUAUAAAAGAAGAUGUGAACAGAUUGAAGGUUGAACACAUUGAGAAAAUGAACAAUCUGAUGACAGAACAAGUGACUGAAACUGAGUCAAGACUGAAGCAGAUAGAGCAUGAUCUUAGAGUGUUGUCGGAACAGAAUCUUGCUGCUCAGUUGACGGAAGCCGAAUUGAGAAAUCAACUUGUUCACUGUCCUUCUACCAAUGAGCUCGCUGAACUCAAACAGAAAUCUCUGACCUUGGAAAAACAACUGAGCGAGUUCAAAGUGGAACGUUCAAAACUUGCCCAGGAAGCUGAGCUAGCCAGAGAGCAGCUUUCCACUUACGAAGGCCUCAGGAGAAUCUCUGAUUUCCGACACGACGCUUUGCAAAGGGAAAUUUUAGAUCUCACCGCAAAAAGUGACGAUAAAGCUACGAUAGGUCGAUUAACACGAGAAGUGACUUCUGCACAGAUGCAUGAGAUGAUGGUAAAGGAAGAAUUGAACAAACUUCUCAACAGAAUUAACAGUCUUGAAGGUUACAUCAGAGAGUUGGAAGUUCGGAAUAAAAAUUUGGACGAACAACUAAAUAAAGAAGCUAAUAAUCAUAUCGACAAAUACAGAUCUCUAAUAGAAAUAAUCCAUGACCUGCAUCAAAGGUACGUCGGUAGUUUACCACUGGUGACAGUCGAUACUAUGGGCAACGUGAUUGUCCAUCUACAGAAAGAAAUUCUUCUCAUGAAAGAAGUUGUUAUGUCAGAAAAGAAAACUACUUUUGAAUUGCAAAACUCUAUCAUGCAUUCGAAUUCUCCAGACAUGAAGAUAAAUUCUCGCAUCCAGGAGCUCAAUCAGAGGAUUGAGAUAGAGAAUCUCCAGUACAGAGUGAAACACGCUGAAGAACAGGCACAGAGACAAGAGAAGCUUUGCAGAGAAAUCCAGCAGGAAUUGAUAGAGAUGGAUUCGUCUUGGGAGAAAAAGUUGAUGAUUUGGGAACAAGCUCAGGUAUCCAUCAUAAUUACUGCAAUCCAACGAUUGUCCUCAUUUCAAAAUCGAAAUUAUUUAAUUUAAGUAUUUAUUAAAUUAUCCGUACAUAAUAUG